GGCAGCGAGAGCCCGGAGGGAGGUGAAGGUCGGCCAGGUUUUCUGCACUCCCGAGCUCGGCAAGAGAGUGAAAGAAAAGUGAAGAGAGUGUGAGACAGGGCCGUUGCCUCGCGGCCCUAGCAGCUCUCCCUCCCUGACCUGUCCCGCUUGUUUGGAUUUAAUCUUCAGGUUGCCGGCGCCCGCCCGCCCGCCGGCCUCGCGGAGAGAGGGGAAGCCCCCGCGCCUGUGGCUGGCGCCUGCCGAGUCCGGACGGCCGCCCGUCCGCGCCGCUUGCCCGCGGCAGCCGCGUCCCUGAACCGCGGGCUCGUGUUUGUGUUUGACCCGCGGGCGCCGGCAGCCGGGCGCGCGGCCGAGGCCAGUGCCGGCGGGGCGGGGCGGGCGCGGCGGAGGCGGAGGAAGAGGGAGCGGGAUCCCUGGGAGGCCAGGCGCCGCCAUGGAACUGGGCCCGGAGCCCCCGCACCGCCGCCGCCUGCUCUUCGCUUGCAGCCCCCCUCCCGCACCGCAGCCCGUCGUGAAGGCGCUGUUCAGCACGCCAGCCACCGGGGGCCUGUCGCCUGUCACCAACCUGACGGUCACCAUGGACCAGCUGCAGGGGCUGGGCAGUGAGUAUGAACAGCCACUGGAGGUGAGAAACAGCAGUCUGCAGAGAAUGGGCUCCUCCGAAUCAACUGAUUCAGGCUUCUGUCUAGAUUCUCCUGGACCCUUGGAUAGUAAAGAAAACCUUGAAAAUCCCAUGAGGAGAAUAAAUUCCCUCCCUCAGAAGCUCUUGGGGUGUAGCCCAGCUCUGAAGAGGAGCCAUUCUGAUUCUCUUGACCAUGAUGUCUUUCAGCUGAUUGACCAGGAUGAGAACAAGGAAAAUGAAGCCUUUGAGUUUAAGAAGCCAGUAAGACCUGCAUCUCGUGGCUGUCUGCAUGCUCAUGGACUGGAGGAGGGUAAAGAUCUCUUCACACAGAGGCAGAACUCUGCCCCAGCUUGGAUGCAUUCCUCAAAUGAAAGAGAUGGCAGUGAACCAGGGAAUUUCAUUCCUUUUUUCAUGCCCCAGUCCCCUGUGACUGCCACUUUGUCUGAUGAGGAUGAUGGCUUCAUGGAUCUUCUCGAUGGAGACAAUCUGAAGAAUGAUGAAGAGACCCCAUCCUGCAUGGCAAGCCUCUGGACAGCUCCUCUUGUCAUGAGAAGAACUACAAACCUGGGCAAUCGAUACAAGCUGUUUGACUCACCUUCCACGUGUACCUCCACCAUCCGGUCAAUGCUGAAAAGACCAGAUCGAUUGCAAGAGGAGUCCCCACGUGGAAAUAGGAAGCGGAGGAAGAGCGUGGUUGGGUCCAGUCCUGAAGCAGCAGCUAGUCCAGAGGAGCCCCAGGAGAUUCUACAUCAGUCUUUAUCUCUGGCAUCUUCCCCAAAAGGGACCAUUGAGAAUAUUUUGGAUAAUGACCCAAGAGACCUUAUAGGAGACUUCUCCAAGGGUUACCUCUUUCACACAGUUGCUGGGAAGCAUCAGGAUUUAAAAUACAUCUCUCCAGAAAUUAUAGCAUCUGUUUUGAAUGGCAAGUUUGCCAACCUCAUUAAAGAGUUCGUUAUCAUUGACUGCCGAUACCCAUAUGAGUAUGAGGGAGGCCACAUCAAGGGUGCAGUGAACUUGCACAUGGAAGAGGAGGUUGAAGACUUCUUACUCAAGAAGCCCAUCGUACCUACGGAUGACAAGCGCAUCAUCGUGGUGUUCCACUGCGAGUUUUCUUCUGAGCGAGGCCCUCGCAUGUGCCGAUACGUGCGAGAGAGAGAUCGGCUUGGUAACGAGUACCCCAAACUCCACUAUCCGGAGCUGUAUGUCCUGAAGGGCGGAUACAAGGAGUUCUUCCUGAAAUGCCAGUCUCACUGCGAGCCCCCCAGCUACCGGCCCAUGCACCACGAGGACUUUAAAGAAGACCUGAAGAAGUUCCGCACCAAGAGCCGGACCUGGGCCGGGGAAAAGAGCAAGAGAGAGAUGUACAGCCGUCUGAAGAAGCUCUGAGAGCCUCAGUGCCAGACAGCAGCAGCCUGAGCCUCCCUCCCUCGCCAUCCUCCCCUCUUUGCUGCAAAGAAACUUGAGCAAAGGGACCAGCUGUGUGACAUUGGGCGAGAAGGCCUGAGGCUUCCACAUCUUAAACCUACCUCUCACACUCCCAAGGUUGGAGCCCAGAGCAUCCUGCUGGCUCUUCUGUCCCUGUAAGAUGUCCUCCUUCUGCAACAGGAUGGUCUGCCGAGGCCACAGCAGAGUUUCAAGCACCAAGUCAACAUGUUCUGACUCCUCAUCCCCCACAGUUGGAUGAACCACCUGGGGCCUCAGUGGGCACUGGUCUUCUCUCCUGAGGGGAGGGGUAGUAGAGUCUGAGUGGAGAGAAGACUCGCAAAUGCUGCUGGCCAAAUACCAAAGAUGGCCUGGGAAGGAAAGGUCUUUGUGGAAUAACCCAUACCAUUAAUUUAUUCAACUUCGUCAAUCACUUUUUUUUCUUUUUUUUU